AUGUCAUCUGGAGAUAUGUUUGAUCCCUACAGCGCACCUACUGCUCCUUCGAGCAAGAAGAAGGAGAGCAAGCGACAUCGUGGAGAGAGCAGCAAGGCUCCUUCAACUAAAAAGGUCUGGACUGGGGAUCCUCCAGCAGUCAUUCUCUCAAGAGAAACAAUGCCCCCACCAUCUCCACUCGAUGAAACGUCUCCCCCCGCACCGACUGAACAGAAUCCUACUCCACCAGAACCUGCCGACCUAACACCUCACGAUCAACCUGGAGAUGUCCAAACAAGCACCGUGGGAAUGCUGAAUAUGACUGUCGGCUGGUGUCGCACGGGGGCCUUGAUUACUAAGUCCAAAGAAUCUGACGCCAAGCACACUGAGGAGGUCAAGGUGCUCGAGGGGAAAAAUACUGAACUGCUCGAGCAGAACUCCAAGUUGGCCCAAGAGCUUCAACAGUUUCAGGCUGCCCUGACCAAAGCCAAUGAAGACAAAGAGAAGUUUAGGGAGUGUGUUAAACUUAACUUUCAGGAGGCCAAACAGCUUGAGGCUGAGUUGAUUGCAAGUAGAAAGGAGACUGAGGAGCUGGAGGGGUGUGUCAAGGAGCUCGAGGAGACUAAUGCCAGCAACUUGGAGAGCACUGCGAGCAGUGCUUCAUACUCUGCUUCGUUGUUGGACAUCGUGAAAUCGAAUCUGAUUGCGCAUUGGAAUGAUGCCCUUCAAGCGUCAAAAUCACUCCGGCUUCAGCGUGGUGUUCAUUAG